UUGUGAAAAUGGCGACGCCUCGUCGCUCCUCUCAGCAGCAGCAGAGCUCCCAGCUGUCUUCACCGCCCCGCGGGGCCUCUCUCCCCGCCACCCCGCCCGGCUCUCCCCCGGCUCCUGCCGAAGAUGCCACCCCGCUUCCCCGCGGCUUAGCGGUAAUGGAAAGCGUCGCUGACGGUGAGGCAGCGCCGACCUCUCCCACCACCACCUCCCCAGCUUUGGCCCUCACGUCCAGCAGCAGCAGCGGCGGUAGCAGCGCUAGCUCCCCGACCACCACGGAGGGGAGCGAGUCCAGUCCCGGCUCCACGCCCGACUCCAGCGGCUGCAACCCGGCUGUAAACCCGUGCAGCGGCGGGGCUAACGGGGCUUUCAGGGAGCUGUUUGAAGCCUGUCGAAACGGAGACGUUUCCAGGGUGAAGAAGAUCGUGGAUGCGGUGAAUGUGAACGCCAAAGACAUGGCUGGGCGCAAAUCAACGCCACUGCAUUUUGCUGCAGGUUUUGGUCGGAGAGACGUGGUGGACCACCUGCUUCAGACGGGCGCCAACGUGCACGCUCGAGACGACGGCGGUCUGAUCCCGUUGCACAAUGCCUGCUCCUUCGGUCAUUCUGAGGUGGUCUCCUUACUUCUGUGUCAAGGCGCUGACCCGAACGCCCGAGACAACUGGAACUACACACCGCUACACGAAUCUGCUAUCAAAGGCAAGAUUGACGUCUGUAUAGUGUUACUGCAGCACGGAGCUGACCCCAACAUCCGCAACACGGACGGCAAGUCCGCCCUGGAUCUGGCUGAACCGUCUGCCAAGGCUGUGCUCACAGGAGUGGAAACGAGGAGAAGCUAAUGGCCUUGCUUACGCCGCUCAACGUCAACUGCCAUGCGAGCGAUGGCCGCAAGUCCACGCCGCUCCACCUGGCAGCAGGAUACAACCGGGUCAGGAUCGUUCAGUUGUUACUACAGCACGGAGCUGAUGUUCACGCCAAGGACAAAGGUGGUCUCGUGCCUCUACAUAACGCCUGCUCUUAUGGACACUAUGAAGUUACUGAGCUGCUGCUCAAGCACGGAGCUUGUGUGAACGCCAUGGACCUGUGGCAGUUCACACCUCUGCACGAAGCGGCGUCUAAAAACCGAGUGGAGGUUUGCUCUCUGCUGCUGAGCCACGGGGCCGACCCCACCCUGCUCAACUGCCACAGCAAAAGCUCUGUGGACAUGGCGCCCACUCCCGAGCUGAAAGAAAGACUUUCAUAUGAGUUUAAAGGCCACUCGUUGCUUCAAGCAGCUCGAGAAGCCGACAUGACCAAAGCUAAGAAGUCUCUGGCGCUGGAAAUCAUCAACUUCAAACACCCCCACACACAUGAAACUGCACUGCACUGUGCAGUAGCAUCGCCUCACCCCAAAAGAAAACAGGUCACCGAGCUGCUGUUAAGGAAGGGUGCCAAUGCGAACGAGAAGAAUAAGGAUUUCAUGACUCCUCUCCAUGUGGCAGCAGAACGAGCUCAUAACGACAUCAUGGAGGUGCUACAGAAACAUGGAGCAAAGGUGAACGCCCUCGACACGCUGGGUCAAACGCCGCUGCACCGUGCGGCGCUGGCAGGCCACCUUCAGACCUGCAGGCUGUUGCUAGGAUACGGGGCCGAUGCCUCGCUGGUGUCUCUGCAGGGCUUCACCGCCGCUCAAAUGGGGAACGAAGCCGUUCAGCAAAUACUCAACGAGAACGUCCCUGUGAGAAACUCAGAUGUGGACUACAGACUUCUGGAAGCUGCUAAAGCCGGAGACCUGGACACUGUUAAGUCUUUAUGCACUGCUCAGAAUGUGAACUGUAGAGAUCUGGAGGGCCGACACUCCACUCCUCUGCACUUUGCUGCUGGUUACAACAGAGUAUCGGUGGUGGAGUACCUGCUGCACCAUGGGGCCGAUGUUCACGCUAAGGAUAAAGGGGGUCUAGUUCCCCUACAUAACGCCUGUUCGUACGGCCACUACGAGGUGGCUGAGCUCCUCGUCAGACACGGGGCCUCCGUCAACGUGGCCGACUUAUGGAAAUUCACACCGCUUCACGAAGCCGCUGCAAAGGGGAAAUAUGAGAUCUGCAAGCUGCUGCUAAAGCAUGGAGCAGACCCAACCAAGAAGAACCGAGACGGGAAUACGCCCCUGGACCUGGUGAAAGACGGGGACACUGACAUCCAGGACCUGCUGAGAGGAGACGCUGCACUGCUGGACGCUGCUAAGAAAGGCUGCCUGGCCAGGGUACAGAAGCUGUGCAGCCCUGACAACAUUAACUGUCGGGACACACAGGGGCGCAACUCGACCCCGCUGCACCUCGCAGCUGGAUAUAACAACUUGGAGGUGGCAGAAUAUCUGCUGGAACAUGGAGCCGACGUGAACGCUCAGGACAAAGGAGGCUUGAUUCCUUUACACAAUGCUGCUUCAUACGGGCACGUGGACAUAGCCGCCCUGCUAAUCAAGUACAACACGUGCGUCAACGCCACCGAUAAGUGGGCUUUUACGCCCCUCCAUGAAGCAGCGCAGAAAGGUCGAACUCAGCUCUGCGCUCUGCUGUUGGCCCAUGGAGCUGAUCCCACCAUGAAGAACCAGGAGGGACAGACGCCGCUGGACUUGGCAACGGCUGAUGACAUCAGAGCGCUGCUGAUUGAUGCCAUGCCACCAGACGCCCUGCCCAGCUGUUUAAAACCACAGGCCACUGUGGUGAGCGCAAGCGUGGUGAGUACAGGUGCAGCAGGGGGUGUGGUCAUCUCGCCCACUCCGUCUCCGUCCUGCCUUUCAGCAGCCAGCAGCAUAGACAACUUGAAUGCACCCCUCGGUGACAUCACAGUGGGAGGGGCAUCCGGCAUCGCAGACGGGGCAUCUGCGUCUGACAGGAAGGAGGGUGAAACUCUGCUCGACAUGACCAUAAACCAGUUCCUAAAGAGUCUGGGGCUGAAACACCUGCAAGACAUCUUCCAGAGAGAGCAGAUUUCACUGGAUGUACUCGCAGACAUGGGCCACGAGGAACUGAAGGAGAUUGGUAUAAACGCCUAUGGUCACAGGCACAAACUCAUUAAGGGCAUUGAGAGGCUCCUGGGAGGUCAGCAGGGUGCAAACCCAUACUUGACGUUCCACUGCUCCAGCCAGGGCACCGUGCUGAUCGACUUGGCACCGGAUGACAAAGAGUUCCAGUCUGUGGAGGAGGAACUGCAGAGCACGAUCAGAGAGCACCGCGACGGAGGCAACGCAGGCGGAGUCUUCAGCCGGUACAACAUCAUUAAGAUUCAGAAAGUGGUGAAUAAGAAGCUACGGGAGAGAUACUCACACAGGCAGAAGGAAAUAGCUGAUGAGAAUCACAACCAUCACAACGAGCGCAUGCUCUUUCAUGGUUCCCCCUUCAUCAACGCAAUCAUCCAUAAGGGCUUUGACGAGCGUCACGCUUACAUUGGCGGCAUGUUCGGUGCGGGGAUCUAUUUUGCAGAGAACUCCUCCAAAAGCAACCAGUAUGUUUAUGGGAUCGGUGGAGGAACGGGAUGUCCGACGCACAAAGACCGCUCCUGCUAUGUGUGCCACAGACAGAUGCUGUUCUGUCGAGUGACUCUGGGAAAGUCAUUUCUUCAGUUCAGUGCAAUGAAAAUGGCCCACGCCCCCCCUGGUCACCACUCAGUUAUAGGAAGGCCCAGUGUCAAUGGACUGGCCUACGCAGAGUACGUCAUCUACAGAGGAGAGCAGGCUUACCCGGAGUACCUGAUCACCUACCAAAUUUUGAAGCCAGAGAGUCAGGCUGCGCCUGCUGCCACUGCUGAGCAGAAAUCCUAAAACUCGGUCACAGCUGGUUUUGAAGAGGACCAUGAUGGACAAAAAAGCGAAUUUCUUAACCGACUAGAAUCAGAAAAAUAAGAAGCAUUUUAAACGUCUGAGCUGAAAUUAAGGUUCCAGGAGCCGAAGGUGAAGUGAAGAAAUUAACGAAACGGAAGGAGGUCAGGAAGACAUGAAGAGGUUUGGUACAGGUUCAGUCCGAAGCAGCAAACAAUAAUUUAAUCUAAAUUCAAUGAGAAAAUGCAGGCUGUUCAGUCAGGGGCGGAGCUAGACCGCUGUGAAAGGGGCAACACAGGGGUGGCCAAGGUGUUUUUAAGGAAGGCGCUAAGAAACACA